UCAUUGGUAUGUGAUUAACUCUAGUCUGCGCUCAACUCUGUGGAGGAGUUGAGGUACUUGGCAAAUCACAAUACAUUACACUACAGUAUCAACAAGCUGAAUUCAACUUUGGAUUGGAUAUCUGAUGCCUGUGUGUAGUCCACCAGCAGCGAUUCAUUUCCACAAUGAGCCAAGGCAUAAUCAAGGAGGAAAUUCUUCUCGAUGAUCUAAAAUACUACUUCAUGAGCCCUUGUGAGAAAUACAGGGCCAGACGCCAGUUACCAUGGAAACUGGGGGUGCAGAUCCUGAAAAUCGUCAUGAUCACAUCACAGCUUAUCUUGUUUGGACUGAACAACCAGCUUGUGGUUUCCUACAAGGAGGAGAAUGCUAUGACCUUCAAGAACCUGUUCCUCAAGGACUAUAGUGGAGUUGAUGAGGAAGAUUACAGUGUAGCUCUUUACUCCCAACAAGCCGUCUAUGACAGUCUGUUCUAUGUGCUGGAUCAGUACCGCCAGUUGGGGCGCCUCUCUGUGGGGCCUAUCAGUUACGCUGAGGAGGAUGGGAAACUGUUACCUCUGGUCAUCUGUAAGGAGUACUACAAGAGAGGCAAUGUGGAACCCUCGGACGAUGCCUACGACAUUGAUGCUCAGUUAGAAAAAGUUUGUAUGACACAUGAUCCAACAAACGUGAGCCAGUGGAAAGCAGAAAAUGUGUCUUUUUUCAAUCUGGAAUUUUACAGGCUUGUCGAUAUCAAGAUCACUUUUCAACUUAAAGGAAUCAACCUGCAAACAGUGCGCUCACAUGAGUUACCGGACUGUUAUGUAUUUUUUGUUACGAUCACAUUUGAUAACCAGUGUCACAGCGGAAAGAUAAAAAUCUUCCUUGACAUUGAUGCACUGAGCAGUGCGUGCAAAAACUGGAUGAUUUCAGGGACUGCUCAGAAGAACACACACUACCUUCUGGUGUUUGAUGGCUUUGUCAUACUGGUUUGCCUGACCUCGGCCGUGCUAUGCACACGCUCCAUUGUUCUGGCAGUCAAAUUACUGCAGACAGACCUCCCCCUCCGCCCCGUGUCAUUGGAGGCCAGCCGGCUUAUACCGUCCAUCGGAUACUGGAUUCCCGCCGGGUACAGCGGUCCUGGCAGUAUCUGGUGGACUGGGAAGGCUACGGUCCCGAGGAGCGCUCCUGGGUUCCUGCUAAAGACAUACUGGACCCUGACCUCAUUCGUCAGUUCAGGGCCCUCCACCCCGAGAAAGCUGAGAUUUUCCAGGUUCUUCCGUGAGAAUUAUAAUCACAAGGUGUGUGAGACUGACCAAAAGGAGUUUUUAAAUGGCUGGUAUGUUUUGGUGAUCGUCAGUGACGCUAUGGCCAUAGUAGGAUCCAUAUUGAAGAUGGAAAUACAAGCAAAGAGUCUUACCAGCUACGAUGUGUGCAGCAUCUUUCUGGGAACUUCUACGCUGAUGGUGUGGGUGGGAGUGAUCAGGUACCUGGGCUACUUCCAAAAGUACAAUGUGCUCAUCCUGACUAUGAAGACUGCCUUCCCCAAGGUGAUCCGCUUCUGUUGCUGUGCUGGUAUGAUCUACAUGGGGUACACAUUUUGUGGCUGGAUUGUACUUGGCCCUUACCAUGAAAAGUUUGAGGGCCUGAGUCGGGUGGCCGAGAGCCUGUUCUCGCUGGUCAACGGCGAUGACAUGUACACCACCUUUGCACAGCUGAAGGACAAAAAUAGCCUGGUGUGGCUGUUCAGCCGCGUCUACCUCUACUCCUUCAUCUCCCUCUUCAUCUAUAUGGUGCUCUCGCUCUUCAUCGCCCUCAUCACAGACGCCUAUGACACCAUCAAGAACUACCAGAAGAAUGGUUUCCCCAUGACAGACCUGCAGAGGUUCCUGAGAGAGCAGAAGGAUUUCCCCCCUGGUGAGGAGGGCAGCGAGAUGGACACAGAGACUGGAAUGGGACACCCAGCACUGUGCUGUUGCAGACGGGCUCCAAGCAAUGAUGACAUCAUACUCAUCAGCUGACCGCAGCCACACUUGGGAAUGUUGGGAGCAGAGGAUGAUUCUGGAAAUUGGGAACCCGGAACUCUGAAAUACAGGAAAGAACCCUGAUGGAAAUACUGUUCAAUAAUAUUUGGGACCAUGCAGGUUUUAUAGGCAGAAUUUGUAUAUUUUCCACGGGAGCAAAUGUGGAAUAUAAGUGCCAAACAAAGUUCUUUAUAUUGCCUUUUAAACAUUAAACUAAAAGCCAUGUAUGAUAUCUGCUGGCUCAGAGCCAGUGGCUCUUUAUUUGCGAAGAGAAGGAAAAUAUUGAAAACAAUAAGUGUCCACUCCACCUCUGAGGAAUGGGCCUGGAUAAAUGUAACCACUCUCAAAUUCAUAGGCGGGGCUAUGGAUGCAAGGACUAACCAUCAUGAUAUCAAAAUUAUAGUUAACCAUGUUUUGUUGCUAUACAGUGUUUUACAUUGUUUACAAACAUUGGCGUAAAAAAAAGCUUAUAUUUUGGGUUCUAAUGGUGUACGACUGUUGAACUAAGCUCAUGAGGCAUUUUCACAGGGACAUUCUUCAGAGGUUUACAGGACCAGAAAGUCAUUUCAGGCAAACACAGGGUGAGCCUGACUGCUAUGUGAUUCUGAUGCCCUUCGUAUGUAUGCAACAUCAAUGUGAAACACAUGUAAUUUAUUUUUCGGUGUUUCAUAGAUUUGUAUGUUCAAAAUAAAUCUGUAAAUGCACUACUAAAAAUAAUUUGUCUUUAUCAUUUGUCAAUUAUUUUGUCCAUAUAGGUAUUUUGUCCAUUUUGGAAAUACCAUUGUGUCUAAGGCCACCUUUACUUUUCAGUAAAUAGAAAAGGUAAUGCGGUCACUUGCAAAAGGAAGAAGGUAAAUUGCAUAAUCCACUCAUGCUAUGUACUUAGUAAUUGAAUUUAGUAAUUGCACUUUGGAAUAAAGAGCUCAUGACACCUGUAA